AUGCCACCAGUUCAACAAUAUCAAUAUGUUGGUCACCAACCUUCCAACUGGGACAAAUUCAAAAUGGGUGCUCUAAUGGGAUCCACAGUGGGUGUUUGUGUCGGAGUUUUAUUUGGUGGAUUUUCGAUUUUACAAAAUGGUGCUGGACCAAAUGGUGUUAUGAGAACAUUGGGUCAAUAUAUCAUGGGUUCAGUUGGUACUUUUGGGUUAUUUAUGUCUAUUGGUUCAGUUAUUAGAUCUGAUCCCAAGUUUCAAGAGGUGCAAAGAAACAUGAUGGCUCAGCAAAGAGCUAGAUUGACUGCUAUUUACAGAGAUUAA